AUGGUCUUUGGUACGAUCCUAUACGUCUCGGUCCUCUGCCUGAAUGCAGCGGCCAUUUUGAACGAGGAGCGAUUCCUCUCAAGAGUCGGCUGGUCACCCGCUUCGAUACAGUAUGAGCAGCAGCACUCUUUUGGCGGAGGAGCACCGACGGAGCCUGGGGUCAAGGAGAGGCUAGUGAACUUGAUUGCUGCAGUGAGGACACUAUUGAGAGUCCCCCUCUGCCUGCUGAAUCUGGUCAUCAUCGUCUACGAGCUUCUCCGGUUCUGA